CGCGUGUAGCUAUAUGACUGUCUGGUGCGGUAACGCUGGUAGGGAAUAUAUGACCUUAUAAUUCCAUCUGAUGUUGGCGUGAACACAUUACAUACCUGAUGCUGUUGGAGUCACAGGUAUAAGUAUAAGCUGCUAAUUACAGGUGAUAACAGGUGUUAAAAAUGUCGAACGCUGACUACUCAAACUGGAUGGGGAAUCUACCUGAGCGUCUGACUAAAGUCCCCCUCGGCCACCUCGCAAUACCAGGUUCUCACAAUUCGUUCACGUCUACACUCGACCCAUCGCUUGGUGUGGCGGUGGACCAAUCAGAAUCGAUCCAGAACCUGGGUUCUUCUUGCUGCGGAGCUGUCACGAAAAUCAUCCAGCGAUGGUCAACCAAUCAAAGCAUGGCAAUGUUGGAUCAGCUCACAGCAGGGAUACGGUAUUUCGACUUACGUGUGUGCAAGAAACCGGACACAGAACAAUUCCACUUUUUACAUGGGCUUUAUGGCGACAAUGUCAAAUCCUUACUUGGUACCAUUAAGACCUUUUUCGAAGACAACCCGAAAGAGGUCGCCAUUUUAGACAUGAAUCAUUUUUACAACAUGGAACCAUCAGACCAUGACCGGUUGCUAUGGGAGAUAGAGGACAUAGUUGGCGAUCUUCUGGUUCCAGUGAAUGGGUACCAAUACAAACUAUGGAGUCUCACUCUCGCCAACAUCUGGAACCACCCCGGUCGGAUUAUACUAAUUUAUCACAACCCAUUUAACGCAGCCACCUUUCCAAAGAUCUGGAACAAGAAUGUCAUUCAGUCUCCCUGGCCCAAUACAUCAAGUAAGGAAUCUUUGGUUGAUUUCCUGGAGACAAAUUACACCGAGAAAAAACGACCCCCCGGAUAUACUUUCUACGUGUGGCAAGGUUGCCUUACACCCGGCACAGGAACAAUUGCUCUCCGUUUGUGUUGCUCUCUGGAGAAUGCUCUAGCUCGCCCUGCCACGACUGCUUUUGUCAACUGGGUGAAGAAUAAAGCCCCAGGCAUCAAAAUGAUGUAUUCCAAUCGAUACCCCAGAUGGCACCUUGCCUUGCCUUGGUCACAUGGAAAAGGCCAGCCUCGAACCAGAAGGUCUGUAGUUCGAAUCCCAGAUCUUCAACUUUGUGGUCUCUUCGCAAAUGAUGUUCAAGUUUACGAAUUUUAAUUUGCAACAAAAUUUACAAAUGUUACAAGUUUGCAUGGGUAUUGUUUCUAUAUAUUAUAUGUUUUAUUCAAUCUCGAUACGAACCAGGCGUAUAGCUCUGUUAAACACACCUUUUCAGCAGAAUAGAUUCAAAGGUGUAGAUACUCACGGUUUCUUUGAUCUAGUGGUAUUGCCGAGCUGUAUGAUAUGGUGAGAAGUCAGUGGUCAAGUUACAUCAUCACAUACCUUCAGGUUACAUUUGAAUUUCAGCCUCAGGCAUCAAACUAUAACAUAUCCCAGAGAUGACCAUCGUCGUGUAAUUAUGACGUCUUUGACGUAUAUAUGUUGAAAUAUCUACAGGGUUUCAUAAUAACGUCAGUGGGACAUGACGUAAGCUGUGACUCAGUGAUAUAGUCGUUACUUCCAUCGGCAAUCCAGUGGUCAUUCACUUGGAAUGAGUUUAGGUUUAACGCGGCGCUGAUGGCCAAAACGGCGCUGGUCAUAGAAUUUACGCAACGAGCAUGGGCAUGGUGCUGAUAGGGAGCAUUCAAACCAAUGGUCAGCGGAUCCUAGUAGAGCGAGCUGCGGCGUCUUAGACUACUGUGCCACGUGGGCCCCGCUCAUCGUGAGACAGGGGUGGUGGGGUAGUCGAGUGGUUAAAGCGUUCGCUCUUCACACCGAAGACCCGGGUUCGAUUCCCCACAUGGGUACAAUGUGUGAAGCCCAUUUCUUUUGUCCCCCGCCGUGAUAUUGCUGGACUAUUGCUAAAACCAUACUCACUCACUCACUUAUUGUGAGACAAAUUGCACCCUGCCGUACAUUUGAUUGUUGAUCGCUUAAGAUUGAAUAAGCGCCCGUACAAUGUGUGUCUGUGUUGUGUUAGUUGAGCUCAACGAUGUGUUGUGUAUCUCACAGUGCCGAAACAUUCACGAGUGUAGGUCUGAACAGCUUUUCUUAAAAGUGCAAACACUGAUUUGACGUCACAUUUUUACAACACAACAUAUUUAUUUUGAGGUAUUUAUAUGUCUACGUGUUCGUUUGUCUUCCAUCAUCAUAUU